CUACAAACUAGACUUUAUAGACAGGAUUUCUUAUUUAGAGAUAUACAGUCCCCUCCCCCACCCAAAGAACUACUUUGCAUAUAGACUAAAGCAUCAAAAACACUGAGGAUGAUGGACGGCAGUAAGAGCAAAACCACUGCCCCUCUCCUGACUCAGAGAUACCAGAGGAUGGUCACCAAAGAUGGCCACAGUACCCUCCAAAUGGAUGGCGCACAAAGAGGAGGCGUAGCUUAUCUCCGUGAUGCCUGGGGAAUCUUAAUGGACACGCGUUGGAGGUGGAUGAUGCUGGUCUUUUCAGCUUCUUUUGUCAUCCACUGGCUUCUCUUUGCAGUGCUCUGGUAUGUACUAGCAGAGAUGAAUGGUGAUCUGGAGUUAGACCACGAUGCCCCACCUGAAAACCACACUAUCUGUGUCAAGUACAUCACCAGUUUCACAGCUGCGUUUUCCUUCUCUCUGGAGACACAACUCACAAUUGGCUACGGUACCAUGUUCCCAAGCGGCGACUGCCCCGGUGCCAUUGCCCUGCUUGCCAUACAGAUGCUCCUGGGACUCAUGCUUGAGGCCUUUAUCACAGGGGCCUUCGUGGCAAAGAUUGCCCGACCAAAGAACAGGGCUUUCUCAAUCCGCUUUACCUAUUCUGCAGUAGUAGCUCACACCGAAGGCCAGCCGAACCUCAUUUUCCAAGUGGCCAACACUCGCCCAAGCCCGCUAACCAGCGUUCGAGUCUCCGCUGUUCUCUAUCAGGAACGUGAAAACGGCAAACUUUGCCAGACGACUGUGGACUUCCACCUGGACAACAUCAGCACGGAAGAAUGCCCGUUUUUCAUGUUUCCGCUGACCUAUUACCACCCCAUCACGUCAUCCAGUCCUCUGGCUACUCUUCUCCGGCAGGAAACGCCUCACCACUUCGAGCUAGUCAUUUUCCUCUCUGCUACACAAGAGGGAACGGGAGAAACGUGCCAAAGGAGGACAUCCUAUCUACCAUCUGAGAUCAUGUUACAUCACUGUUUCGCAUCGAUGCUGACCCGAGGCCCCAGAGGUGAAUAUCAAAUCAAGAUGGAGAAUUUUGAUAAGACUCUCCCUGAACUCCCUGCAGCAGACUCUAAGAGCCCGGACAGGACUGACCUGGAAAUCCGUAUCAACGGACAGCACAUUGAUAACUUCCAGAUUUCUGACCUUGGAUUGGUCGGAUAGGCUUGGAUCCUGGCUCCGUUCAUUUUAAUACAUUAAAACUACCCAGCUAAACUUACAGCUUAUUUCCCUUCAUCAUUUAUCUGAUGGCCUUUUCUCUAUCCCUUUAUACCUAUCCAAUGCAUACAAAACGAGGUGCAUGACGUAUGCGUGCCCACAGGAGUGGCUAAACUGCACGGUACUGAAUCCAAACUUCAGAACAAAUCCUAGGAAAGCAGAAGUGCCACCUGCUGAAUUUACUAAGCUAUGAUUAAAACUGCAUUGACCCUGAAAUAGAGAAUUGAAGACUCCCACAGCUGAUCAAGUUUAAUUAAAUGGUACAGCACUGUAAAAGGGGUAAAAUGG